AUGCACCGGUGCGACGUUCCUCUCAUACUACUGCUGCUACUGCUCAAAGCUCUUCUGCCCUCUGCUGAUCCCUUCGAUGAUAUGGAAAUGGAUGUGAUGAAAGAUGAUCCGAAAAUUCGACAACCCGCAAGGAACCAUGUCUCCUGUGUUGUCCUAACUCGACUCGUGCUUGGUGGUGCAUGGAUCGGACAGUUUGAAGGAAACGACCUCUUGUGCCCCCCACAGCUUCCCGAUGUCUGCUUCUGGAUUUUGGAUAAACAAAGUCUCUCUCGAGAUGACGCACUCAAGUACUGCUCUGAACGCGGUUUAACUCUUUGGCUUCCAGCCACCAGUGCUGAAGAGAUUGUGAUGCGGCUCAUCAUGCAAAAGAAAAACAUCGCUCGCAUCCCAUUGCGGAUCCGAGUGAUUGACCAAUACACCAUUGACGAUAUGCUCGACGGCAGUGUAAGUCACGACAACUUUGAUCGAUUUCGAACGUUCUCGAAAGACAACUGUUUCUACUUUGUUCUUGGCCAGAAGCACUGGGACGUGGCAGGCUGCGACGAAGUCAACCCAGUGAUAUGCAGCAUUUACUAA